CAAACAAUUUUUCAUCUUGAGUUUCCUCUUCCAUCAUAGCACCUAACUUUCCUAAAAAUUCAGAUUUCUCAGUACUGAAUUAGCUGCUUUUUGAAGCUCUUCUUGGAAUUCUGAUUCAGAAUCCAAGAAUGAGGAAAUAUUGGCUACCAAUUACUUCAGUCUUUGCUUUUUUUGUAUUUCCACAUUUCAUUGCUUGUUUAUCCAAUGAAGAGAUCCAACUCAACAGUCAGUUGAUUAGCAUCAAACAACAUGUUCCCAAGGUGAAUUCUCAGAGAAUAUUUGAUAUUGAAAUUCAUGGAAUUUUGUUAUGGGCUUCAAUGGGAUUCUUGAUGCCUGCUGGAAUACUCACAAUAAGACUCUCCAACACAGAGGAGUGUAGCAGAACAAAACUCAAAGUUCUCUUUUAUGUUCAUGCAAUUCUUCAGGUGCUCUCAGUGCUGCUGGCUACUGCUGGAGCUGUGCUAUCAAUAAAGAGCUUUGAGAAUAGGUUCAACAACAAUCACCAAGGAAUAGGCUUAGCCCUUUAUAUUGCCAUCUAUGUCCAAUUUCUUAUGGGAUUGCGCAGGCCUAAGAGGGGAAGUAAAAGAAGAAGUGUAUGGUACUUUUUCCAUUGGCUACUUGGAACAACAAUAUGCUUGGCAGGAAUCGUAAACACCUACACAGGAUUAAAUGCCUACCAUGAAAGGACAUCUAAGCCAAUAAGCCUAUGGACAAUAAUUUUUACAGCUCAAAUCUCAUUCAUGGGAUUUUUCUAUCUUUUCCAAGACAAAUGGGAAUACAUACAAAAGCAAGGGGUCAAUCCUGGAAAUAAUGAAACUAUGACACCCCAAGUGGAAAUAGUUGUUCCUCAGAGUGAUGGCCAAAAGAUGAUUACCAGAACUGAGUCAGGAAGGAAGAUCAAUGCACUAGGGACUUACUUUUCUAGAAAUAAUGUCCUCAACAAAUUAUUACAACAAACUUGAAUGUUGUAUGUUUUUGGAAACUGUACUUCCUAGUCCUCCACUUUUUCUUGUUUGCACUUAACAUGAACUAGAGUUUGGUGUAUUUUUAUUUGAGGCACCAAUUAUGUGAAUGCAUCAUAAAACAGGAAGCUUAUUUAGUGAUUCAAAACCACCCUUUAUUCCUC